CAUCGUCAUCAUCAUCCAGGUGAAGGUGAAAGAAACGAAUUAAGAUGCAUGAAGGUGUAAAAAUGGUAGCAACCUAUAUAAACCUUAACAUAUAUAUGUAUAUACCGGUCCACCUGAAAAGAGAAAACAAAAACUGAAUUCAGAAAACAGCCUACAUUUUCUCUCUCACCCUCUCUCCUUACAAAAUUGAAGGAACCUAGUAGUAGUAUAAGAAGAAGCAAAAAGUUACGUUAUGUGUGAGGUGGGGUUGGGGCUGUGGCUAUUGUUUGGUGGGGAAGUCCACGUGGAAAGAACGGAUUGGCUGAAACAGGAGUGUUUUUUUUCCCUUUUUUCUUUAAUCUUAAUAUUAAAUAUUAUUAUUAUUUUUUUCUGGACGGACAACAACAAAAACCCAUUGAUUGUCAGAGAAAGUGUGUGUUGGGUGUUGUGUUCCCCAAAUUUCAUUUCCCUUUUCUUUUUCAUUUCAUUUAUCUCUUUUCUUUCUUUUACAUUUACAUGUAUAUAUAUAGAUGUUGUGAUAUGAUAUAUAAGAAGACAUAAUUUGAAGGUAAUAAAUACACAGACAGACGGACACCCACCCACCCGCCGAUUACGCUCUUUUUAUUUUUUGCCCUAAUAAUAAUAACAGUAUUAUUCAAACCCUUUGCUUUGCUUUGCUUUGCUUUGAUCUGAUCCUCUUUUGCUGGUAGCUUGUUGGAGAGUUGCACAUGUCAUAAAAUGAAAGAUCCAGAUGCUAAAAUGAAAAACAACCAGCUAUCAACUAAUGACAUUAUCAAUGGCAACUGGGCUUUAAAGCGCAAGCGGAAAAAGAUUCCUUCUGGUAAAGUCAGGUCCAACGGCAACAUAACUGAUUCUGUACCAUCAGAGAGCACACAUACUGCACCAAAAGAGAAAUUAAAGAAAGAAAGCUUUUCCGACCAUUCUCCUACCAAGGAAAGAGGGAAUGAAGGGAACUAUCAUGAAUGUGAUGUCUGUAACCUUAGUGGAGACUUGCUCUACUGUGACAGCUGUCCCUCGACUUACCACAUUCAGUGCCUAGACACACCUCUGAAGCAAAUACCAAAUCAAAAGUGGAAGUGUCCUACCUGCUGUCCCAAGAAUAGUUCAGUUGAACCAGUGGAUGAUUCAAAUCCUUCAUCAAAACGACCAAAAAUAAAGAUCACAAUUGGGAACUCUAAAAGUAAAAAUAAAUCUGCUAAAUAUGACAAAAGUGGGAAGAGAAGAUCGAGCAAAGAGAAAUCUGCAAUUUCAAGCCUCAAUGUAGAUGUAUCAGCUUCAUCUUUUUCAGAUGAUAAAGUUAGUGAUGAUGAAGAAAAGAAGGUUGUGGAGACGAAAAGAAAAAGAAGACCUGAUGAGAAUCGCUUUCGAAAAAAGAAGGUUGUUCUUGCAGUUGAAAUUUCCGAUAAAAAACCCAUGAAAAGAAAGUAUAAAAUUCCAUCCGAUGAUGAUGAAUAUGAUGAUGUUCAGAAGAAGCCUAAAAUUGAUAAGGGGAAAAAUGCCGCAAAGAGUUCUCGAAAACGUGUAGCUAAAGUACAUUGGGAAUCCAGCAGUUCUCAAUUGAAUCGAAAGUCUGUCAAGCAUGCAAAAUCGAAAUCUUUGUCAAAACAUGACAUUGAAAGUGAAGUUCAUGAUAUGAAGUUGAAAGAUGAGGUUGAUCGGGUAUUAGGUUGCCGAACUCAAGGUAUUGAGUUUAGUUCUGAACAUCACUCAUCUGCAAUGGAGGCUGAUGAGAUGCCUUCUCAGAAUGUUAUGGUGGACAACCAGGAUGAAGAGUCAAAGGAAGGUGGAACUUGUAAUUCGUUAGAUGUUGGAGAAACUGAUAUAGUCAUUGAGCGCAUUGAGAAUAUAUUGAGCCCUACCGAUUCACAGAGACUUGUCGAGAAUGAUGUGGGAGUAGAGACAAUAAAUGUAUCUGUGUCCAAUGAUUGUGGUGAAGAGAAAAAUAACGAUGAUUUUGCGUUGACUUCAAAUGAUCUGGCAAAACCAACCGAAGAGAAUCCAAUGGGGGUCAACACUAAUGUUAUUUCAAAUUCUCAUGAAAUCAUGGAUGAUAAGAUGGAUAUUAAAGUGAAAGGUAGCCAGAAGAAUAAAGAGCCUAACAUUGAUGUGAAAACGGUCUGUUAUGAAUAUUUGGUCAAGUGGGUUGGUAAAUCUCAUAUACAUAAUAGUUGGGUUACCGAAUCAGACUUGAAAGUUAUGGCAAAAAGGAAACUGGACAACUACAAGGCAAAAUAUGGAAGGACAGUGAUUAAUAUCUGUGAAGAAAGAUGGAAAGUGCCUCAACGGGUGAUUGCUAAAAAUGGGUCUACUGAAGUUUUUGUGAAAUGGACUGGUCUUCCUUAUGAAGAAUGCACAUGGGAAAAGACUGACGAUCCUGUAAUAGUAAAAGCAUCUCAUCUUAUUGAUUUAUUCAACCAAUUUGAGCACCGAACACUAGAAAAAGAGGCUGCUUAUGGUAAGACAUUUCGGGAAAAAGGCCAAUUUCAUCAUAGUGAUGCAAUCACUCUUACUGAGCAGCCUAAAGAGCUUGGAGGCAUGUUAUUUCCACAUCAGUUAGAAGCACUUAAUUGGUUACGGAAAUGCUGGUCUAAGUCAAAAAACGUGAUUCUUGCUGAUGAAAUGGGGCUUGGUAAAACAAUAUCCGCCAGUGCUUUCUUAUCAUCUUUAUACUUUGAGUUUAAAGCUCGAUUACCUUCUCUAGUUUUGGUGCCUCUUUCUACAAUGCCCAAUUGGAUGGCUGAAUUUUCAUUAUGGGCUCCUAAUCUGAACGUCAUUGAGUAUCAUGGUUGUGCACGGGCUCGAACACUUAUGCGUGAAUAUGAAUGGCAUGCAAAUGAUCCCGUGAGUUCAAAGAAAACAUCCAGCUAUAAGCUCGAUGUUCUUCUAACAACUUAUGAAAUGGUUCUUGCUGAUUCAACCCAUUUAAGUAAAGUUCCAUGGGAAGUUCUUAUAGUUGACGAGGGCCAUCGGCUUAAAAACUCGGGUAGUAAGCUCUUUAGCUUGCUUAAUACAUUUUCUUUUCAACAUCGUGUUUUAUUAACCGGGACUCCUCUUCAGAACAACCUCGGUGAGAUGUAUAAUCUGCUAAAUUUCUUGCAGCCUUCUACUUUCCCUUCUCUAAAAUCAUUUGAGGAUAAGUUUAGUGAUCUUGCAACAGCCGAAAAGGUUGAUGAGUUGAAGAAACUUGUGGCUCCUCAUAUGCUUAGAAGGCUUAAAAAGGAUGCUAUGCAGAAUAUUCCUCCAAAGACUGAGCGGGUUGUUCCUGUUGACUUAUCAACUAUACAAGCAGAGUACUAUCGGGCCAUGCUAACAAAAAAUUAUCAGGUUUUAAGGAACAUUGGAAAAGGUGUGCCACAGCAAUCAAUGUUGAAUAUUGUUAUGCAAUUGAGAAAAGUUUGUAACCACCCGUAUCUCAUACCUGGAACCGAACCGGAAUCUGGGUCGAUCGAGUUUCUUCAGGAUAUGCGUAUCAAAGCUUCUGCUAAGCUUAAUUUGCUUCAUUCUAUGCUCAAAGUGUUGCACAAAGACGGCCACCGGGUUCUCAUAUUUUCUCAAAUGACAAAGCUUUUAGAUAUUCUUGAGGAUUAUUUGAAUAUUGAAUUUGGUCCGAAAACAUUUGAAAGAGUUGACGGGUCAGUCUCGAUAGCUCAUCGUCAGAUGGCAAUUGCACGGUUUAAUCAAGAUCAAAGUCGGUUUGUGUUUUUGUUAUCAACGCGUGCUUGUGGACUCGGGAUCAAUUUGGCAAGUGCUGACACUGUUAUUAUAUAUGAUUCUGAUUUUAACCCACAUGCUGAUAUUCAAGCAAUGAAUCGUGCUCAUAGAAUCGGUCAGUCAAAGAGACUACUUGUUUACAGGCUUGUUGUUCGUGCGAGUGUUGAGGAGAGAAUCUUGCAACUUGCAAAGAAGAAACUAAUGCUCGAUCAUCUUUUUGUAAACAAGUCAGGAUCACAAAAGGAGGUUGAAGAUAUCUUAAGAUGGGGAACUGAACAACUUUUUGAUGAUUUUAUAAAAGAUUCAGGUGAAAAUAAUGUCGAUAAAGGUGAAGGUUCUGUGGAUGUAGAACAUAAGCAUAAGAGGCGUGUAGGAGGUUUGGGGGAUGUGUAUCAGGAUAAGUGCAGAGAUGGGAAUACUCGGAUUGUGUGGGAUGAAGCUGCUAUAUUGAAGUUGCUUGACCGCUCAACUAUUGACUCAGUUUCAAGUGAUAAUGCUGAAGGAGAUAUGGAAAAUGAUAUGCUUGGCUCGGUGAAGUCUUUGGACUGGAAUGACGAACCAACACAAGAACAAGGGGGAACUGAAUCACCUUCAUCAGUAACUGAUGGUGCCACCGUCUCUAAUUUAGAAAAGAAAGAGGAUAAUUCUGGAUGUGUAACCGAAGAAAAUGAAUGGGAUAGGCUUCUAAGAGUGAGAUGGGAGAAGUACCAAAGUGAAGAGGAAGCAGCUCUUGGUCGAGGAAAAAGGGUUAGAAAAGCUGUAACAUAUAGAGAAGCAUACGCUCCACAACCUAUCGGUAAUUCGAAUCAGAAUGGUGCUGAGGCAGAACCAGAACCAGAGCCAGAACAUGAGUACACGUCAGCAGGAAAAGCUUUGAAAAUGAAGUUUGCGAAGCUACGAGCUAGACAAAAAGACAGAUUGGCUCAUAUGAAAGCAUUCAAAGAAUCACAUCCCCUUGAAGAACCGGAUGAUCAAAAUGCAGACCAAGAAGAAGUUAAACCACCUCAAAUAUUGGAUACACUACCGAGUAGGACAGAUCCAAAUUCAAUGCUGGGAAAGGGAAAAGAUUUUGAGGACACUCGCAGGUUGUUUCCUGUUCUUGGCCUAUGCGCUCCAAACUCUAAAAUUAUGGAGUCUAUUAAUCGAAACUCUUCAAGAUCUUUCAAUAGACAAGGCAAGCAUUCAACAGAUGACUUUCCAUUUCAUCUAGCUCCAUGCUCUGGGCCUAUUACUGAGACACCUGCAAAUGCUUGUGUCGAGAGUAAACAUCCAGGUUUAGACUCUGAUACUCUCCCACAACAGCAGAAAACAGGUUUAUCUCCCUUUACUCCCACAUCCUCGGCCGAUGCUUUGCAUCUUCGUCCUGAGAUGAUGUCAUUCCCCAAAUUACCCUUUGAUUUGUCUAAACUAAACUCCUGGGAUACAAAUGUCUCUCAUCCCCAACCUGACUUUUUUCCCAAUUUAUCUUUGGGAAGAUCGAUUCACGACUUCCCCACAAUUCCAAUGCUACCCAAGUUAAAAUUCCGAACAGAUAAUCAGAAAGAAGUGGAUGUGCCGCCUCCGUCUCUGAUGGGUUUGGGUCAAAUGCUGCCCCCAUUUGCAUCUUUGCCAGAGAACCACCGGAAAGUUCUCGAGAACAUAAUGAUGCGAACGGGUUCAGGAUCAACCAAUUCACUCAAGAGGAGACCUGUUAAAGAGUUUUGGUCUGAAGAUGAACUUGAUUACUUAUGGAUUGGUGUUCGUAGACAUGGGUGUGGUAGUUGGGAUGUUAUGCUUAAAGAUCCUAGGCUAAAGUUUUCAAGAUUUAGGACUGUGGAAGACUUGGCAUCAAGAUGGGAGGAGGAACAGCUAAAGAUCUUGGAUACACCAAUUCAACAACAGUUGAAGAGGGGUACAAAAUCUGAGAAAUCUCUCCUUUUUCCGGGAAUUUCUGAUGAAAUGAUGAAACGGGCUUUGAAUAAAAGCCAAGUUGCUGGCAGUCCAUUUGGUUUUCAGCCCCACGUAACAGAAAUGAAUUUGGGAUUGGACGAUAUUAACCGUGAGAAGCUGAUACAUCAUGGAUUUGAAAACGAGCAUUUCCUGCGAAUCCCGUCCUGGAAUGUUGAGAGGUUUCCUGUGAACUUUUCUGGAGAAUCAUCAUCCUCUGGACCUUCUGAUAGAUUGCAGCAACAUUUUCUUCCAAAUCCAAUGGGAUUUCUUGGAGCGAAUGGUGUCGGAUUAUUUGUUUCCCAAGAAAAAGAGGGUUUGAAAAUGCCAUAUUUUCUUAACAAUGGUGGUGUGAUAGGUAGUCACAAAAGUAAAAAUGUUGGUAAUAUGAAGGGAAAAGAGGAGGCUGGCGAUGAUGGUUUAUUAGAUAAGAAAUUGCCUCAUUGGCUUCGUAAAGCAGUUGGUGAUGGGGUUGGUGAGGCUCCUAUACCACCACCAGAGCCUAAGCUACCACCAACGGUUACUGCAAUAGCGGAGUCAGUUCGUCUACUAUACAGAGAUGAAACACCAACUAUUCCUCCGUUUAUUCCUCCUGGAUUGCUGCCUUCCCUGCCUGAAGACCCUCGCAGGAAUUUUAAGAAGAAGAAACGCCGUCACUCACAUGGACUUGGUCUCCAACCGCCAUCAGCAAUCCCUGGAACUAGCCAUAAACCAGACGAACAUGCCGCUUCUACUUCAGGAAAAUCAGGUAUUGAACCUGACCUCAACGUACCACCGCCAACACUAACUGCUGACCAAAAUGUGAUGAAAAUACCAGUGUCACCAAUAUCAAAUACAAAAAUCAAAACAGUAUCACAUGAGACAACGGAAAGUGGGGAAUCAAGCAAGACUCGGUCCACUCCAGCUGCUUAUGAUUUAGACGCUGAAGACGAUGUCUCAUCUGAAGGGAAGAUAUCAGCUGAGGAACCUUGAAGAGUUAUUAUUGCUCCACAAUUUUUGUAGGCAUUUGCUGCAGUCGUUUGAAAGUAGUACAAGCUUUAGUGCAGGUUUUAUAAUGUAAAGUUGUCUUUCUAUUUAGAAAAAGUUCAUCAAGUAAAUUAUCUAUUUAUCUUUCUGUUCAUUUUGAACUAGUUGAGACUUGGGCUUGUUUGUUUGUAUGGCCAUUUGUGUAUUAUGGUUGAGAUCUUAGAACACCUUUGUUGCAGCAUCUUUCUUAAA